AUUUCACCUAUAAAAACAUAUCAUAGACAAUGUGCUAAGCAAUAUCUCUCCCACUUUCUUCUUGGAUGCUUUGAGGAAUUUGAACAAUAUUUUCUACAGUUGAUUGGCAAUGGAAGCAAACAUGAACUUGUGGGUUUUAGUAUUAACAUGGUUUUGCUGGACUUCUCUAUUUGGAUGGGCUAGAGAUUGCCCCCUAACAUCAGAUCAACAACAUACAACACUUGGGUAUCCAGCAGUGAGCUUCUACACUGAAUCUGCAACUCCAGAAACCUACUCCCAAUUCAUAACGAAUCUCCGAAGUCAAUUGAAAAGUGGAGCUGAGAGCUAUUCGAUCCCAUUGCUGCGUCAAGAAUCCAAAGUUACCAGUUCCCAGAGAUUUGUUCUGGUGACUCUUUCAAACUCCAAGAAUUCUGCAACAAUAGCAAUAGAUGUUGUUAACGUCUAUGUGGUGGCUUAUCAAGUUGGAGCUAAUUCAUACUUCUUUGAAGAAGCUUCUACUGCUGCCUUUAAUGAUCUUUUCAAAGGGACAACAAAAACCAGGUUUAAAUUCGGUGGUGGGUAUCCUGAUCUCAAAAACUUAGGUGCCGACAGAGAGAAUGUCGACUUGGGAAUCUAUCCACUUGAUAAUGCGAUAUAUUCGCUUAACAAAUAUAGCACAGAUCCUAGAAAGAUUGCUGCUCCUUUAGUAGUUAUUAUCCAAAUGCUUUCAGAAGCAUCAAGAAUCUCACAUAUUGAGAGGAAGAUUGUGGCUAAUUUUCACCAAAGAUUUCGACCUCUUGCUGAUGUUCUUAGCCUCGAAAACCAAUGGGGUACUCUUUCAUCUGAAAUCCAGAGAUCUAAUAAAGGAGUUUUUAAAAAACCAGUUGUGCUACAGAAAUCAGAUGGUAGUUUUUUCAACGUGACUGACGUUAAACAGAUAAAAGCCUACUUAGCACUGUUGCUGUUCGUAUCCCCAAACUCCAUAUCAAGCCUUGGACAUGAAAUUAGCAGCUAUCUUUCUAUUGAAAACCUUCAGAAUUGGCUUUGAUUGCUUAUGCUCUCAUGCAGAGACCGGAGCUCAGUGCUUUAUAUAUACGUACCUUAAAUAAUGGACAAGCUUCGAGAGCUAAUGCCCAGCUUUUAUUUUCUAUGUAAAUUUGCUGCUGAAGUGUUUCUCUGUCCCCUAUCUUCUCACUGUGUAUGAUGAUGAAUCAAGUGAGGAAUAAAAAUGUUACUAUCUUUUCUCUA